UGUAGGCAAAGGAAAUGGCGUUCGCUGAUUGGAGGAGGCGCAGAGCAACGUGGAAGUGUCAUGGCAGCUUGCUGCUGAUCCUUUUCCUGUGCUGAUUGUAUUGGAGGAAUAAGGAGCGAUCAGAGCGGUGGAAUGCGGUGACAGAUGUAUUUUAGGGGACCCGCGGUGGGUCUCACCUUCUGCUUCUUCUAUCUGACCUCUUACUUUACAAACAAGUAUGUUCUGUCUAUUCUGAAAUUCACCUAUCCUACCCUUUUUCAAGGGUGGCAGACAUUAGUGGGUGGAGUCUUUCUUCAUAUAUGUUGGAAAAUAGGCUGGGUGGAGAUUAACUGCUCUUCCAGAUCUGACGUUGUAUCAUGGCUUCCUGCCUCAGCCUUCUUUGUGGGCAUUAUUUAUGCUGGUUCCAGGGCUUUGUCAAGACUGCCCAUUCCUGUGUUUCUGACUCUACACAAUGCAGCCGAAGCUGUGACGUAUGGCAUUCAGAGAGCGUUCUUCAGAGAGCAAAGCUCUUAUACAAAAACCUGCAGUGUAAUACUUUUACUGAUCUCAGCGGGGUGUCUUCCAUUACAUGACUCUCAGUUUGAUAGAGACGGUUAUUUUUGGGCUGUGAUUCAUCUAGUUUGUUCAGGAUGCUACAGAGUAUUCCAGAAAUCUCAGAAGUCAAGUUUGCUAAGUGACCUUGAUCAACAGUAUAUAAACUAUUUUUUCAGUGUUGUCCUGUUGGCCUCUGCCUCACAUCCUACUGGUGACCUCCUCAGUGCCUUGGAAUUCCCCUUCCUUUAUUUCAAUCGAUUCCAUAGUGGGUGUUGUGCCAGUGGGAUUUUGGGUUUCGUGUUGAUGCUGCUAUCUGUAAAAUUAAGGAGCAGUCUGUCUCCUGCACAUCACCUCUCCUGGACCUUCGUAGCUAAGGUUCUUACCGUGGUUGUGUCACUAUUUGUCUUCGAAAUAUCCUUGAAUGUUCCCUUGACUAUAUGUUUCCUGAUAUGUUCCCUUGGAGAGGCUCUUCUAAUAUAUACUGAAAGGUCAGGGGUAUGAAGAUGAUGUACAUGAUACAAGACCAGCACAGUCUUUCGGAUCUGUCAGUUUCAGUCAUACCAAAUGUCUGUGCAAAUUCCAUCAAUGCUAAUCAGCUAGAACCUGUAAAACAAGCAAAGUACCCGAGCGUAAACAUUUGCUGCCCACAUAGGACCAGCAGCACAAAGAACCGCUACCAUGUGCAGUUUACCACAGCAGCCAAUCCGAAACCAUCUAAAAACAGUAAACCGAAAUCUGAUUGGGCACUGAACUUUCCUGAACUUUACAAAUCAUCAUUGCACUUUGUAUUGCUUUAUCAAAUGAUACUGUAUGUGUUUUGCUUGGCAAAUCUGCUAUAUUAGCUCAAACCAGCAAAAUGCAACAUACACUUGUUUUUAAUGUAGCAUGUUAGAGUUGUUAUGGAAGCAAAGUAAAUGUCAUGUAGUAAUUUAUCAUUCUAGAAGGUUUUGCUCAUUGUGAUAAUAACCUCAGAGAGUGGGGGAAAGUAUUAAUGACUGACUUACAGGUAGGCAGGCUCACUGUAGGUUUUCUUUGACGUAUACCAGGCUGGGCACAUGCACGUACAGGUACGUCUUGUGCUAGCACCC